AAGGGCUACAACGACGAGGUCCUCUUUAUUAGCACGGCUAGGUGGGGGCAGGAGCUACGCAAUCAGUCUGAGUUGCUAGCGAAGGCAAUGGAGUCCAGCUUUGUGAAUAAGCAAGGGUGAACAUGGAGAAUGACAGGCCUUACAUGAGAACGGAGAAGUCUUGAUCCCAUGCUUCUGCUGUGGCGUUUGGCAAUCUCAUUGUGAGCAUCAUUCCACCUGUUACUUUGGACUAGCCAUUUGAAUUUGGUGCAUUUACACCUCAGAGACCAUGUACUGCCUGCAGUGGUUGCUCCCAGUCCUGCUCAUCCCAAAACCUUUGAACCCAGCAUUAUGGUUCAACCACUCCAUGUUCAUGGGCUUCUACCUGCUCAGCUUUUUGUUGGAGAGGAAGCCGUGCACCAUUUGUGCCUUAGUGUUCUUGGCAGCCCUGUUCCUCAUUUGCUACAGCUGUUGGGGAAACUGCUUUCUCUACCACUGCCACGAUUCUCCACUGCCGGACUCUGCACAUGAUCCCAAUAUCGUUGGCACUUAGAGUGCACCAGCUCACUUCGCUCAACAGUAACAUGGACCCUGGACAAUCUUUAUAUAAGCUUGGAACUAAGUCCCUACCAGGAGUGAAGCAAUGCUGAGAAAUAUCACUGUCUACCCAUGAUGUGAUAUGGCAUACCUUAUCACUCUCCUACACAUUUACCCCUUUUAUUUGUACUAGUGAUCUCUUUCUGGGAUCAGAUAUGAACUGCAUGGGUUACCUGUAGGGUUCUUUUGCGCGCCCCCCCCCCCCCCCCCC